AUGGACGCUCUGUCAUCGUCGCCAGCAACCACGAUUCCAGGACUUCCAAGUCCGCAAUUCAAGAGGAAACGAGCGGCAGAUGACACGGAAGGCUUGCUCGAUCCGGAGGCAGGAAGACCACCGCUGCAGUGCACGCAAGGCUUCGUGGACCCAGAGGCCGGAAGACCAGGCUUCGCACCAAUGGAUUGCACGCAAGGCUUCGCGACUCCACCUCGACGAAAGCGGACUGCCACGGACUUCAGUCCGGAAGCACCUAGUGGCAGCAGCGGAGAGCUCCGCAGGGGUCUGCGGAGUCUUCUUGAGGAAAAGCAGACGGCGACAGAAGAUCCAUAUCUGGCGUUGGAUGCGUCCAUGCAGAUCCCAGUGGAGUCCCACGAUGAACGGGUGAGCUACUCCAUGGCAAAUGUAAGUGAGCUGGUACGAUGCAGAACACAGCUGGACGAUUACCUGAACCAGCACCGCGUCAUCCCGGAUCUCAUGAGAGGUGACGACACCACAGCUGUUCAGCGUGACUACAGGGCGCAGAACAAGCCGGCCACCCAGAAGAAGCCAGCAGCCGAGGCUCUCAAGAGGGUGGGUAUCUACGUGGAGCCCCUGCCGAGCUUCCCGCAUGAGUAUGUUCCGCAGCUGGCUCCCGACACGCUGCUGCCACUUUGGCCACUAGGCAUGGCAGAGCCUCCUACGUGGACGGAGAGACUCUCUGCUGCCAAGACGAGACGAGCCGAGACGCAUUGGGACGCCGUGCGCAGCUCUCUCUUGGACAUCUUCUGCUACCGCACUCCCCGCUUGCGCCAGCAAUGCCUGAAAGUCACACAACUAUGCUGCCGAGAUCUCCACUUCUCAGCAGACUUUGAGUUAGGCAUGGUGCACCUCCUGAUUUACGAUGCUUUCUGCAAGGUGGGCAAGAGCAAUGUGGAGUGUGGACUUGAUAAGGCAUCGGCCGUCAGUCGCUUGCACAAUUAUAAGAGGGCCUUUCCUGAAGGGUCCCUGCAGUACAUGCCCAUACUCUACAGCUGUCCUUCCGGAGCACACGCCCUGCACCUGGAGACUUACGUCCACAGCGUUAUGUCCGUGUAUGAUCCAGAGACCCGGCUCACCGUUCCCAGCACGAACUCUGGCGAAGGCAAGGAAUGCUACACGAGGGACUCCGCGAAGCGUUUGGUUGAAGUGCUGCACCGGGCCAGCAGCAAGACGGUGGCCCAGCUUUGUGCUGGCAAGAAUGCGUUAGCAAAGAUCUUGCGAGGAACAGCCGAAUAUGUCCCAACCAAGGAGGAAUUCAACAACAGUCCGGAUCUCUGA